ACUGGCAGCUUGGUAUUGCCUUUCGCUAGUUUGUAUAUUCCAAAUGUAUCUUUACUUAAGGCAUCAGCCCUCCGAGCAAUGAGGUACUUCUCCCUUUCAGGUGAGAUGUCUGAAAAGCUAAGCAGAUGCCGUAAGAAGCUAACUGCAGCUAUUGACAGAGCAAUGGAAGAUCUCUCCAUUCCUUUCCCCCCUUCCCCAGAUUCCACGACUGACCAGAAUUCUGACUUGCUGAUAAUACAGCCCUCUACGCCCCCCAGUGUAGAUCUCUUUAAUCCCAAGGGAGAGCCCAUUCCUCCCAACGUGUGUUGCCCUCAGCCGUCUUUACCGGUCUCUAACGCUCCUGAAAAAGAGAAUCCCCUUUUCAGGCCAAAUCUCAUUCCAGUGACUGUAGCCUCCAACAUUCCAUGUACAAAACGGGAACCAUUGACAAGCAAGGAAAAUACAUGGCUACAUCCUCCAAUCUUUGUGGCUGACAGGCAGUUUUUUCUCAACCUGGAAGACAGCGAGAGAUGGAAAAAAGGACAUCUAAUAAGCAAAACUGAUGAAAGGUCCAUGAAGUCAGAAACAAGUGCCAGCGAUGUCCCUCCACAGAGUCCGAAAGGUCUUGCUGAUAUCAGCGACAACUCAGCUGUUUGGCCAGCAGAAAGGCUGCAAAGAAAAUCAGAUUCUGUGAAUGAACUAGAGCAAAUCUCUAGGAUCUCAGGUGAAAUGUUUCCUCUAGAUGAGUCCUCAGCCCUGGAUUUGGAUGUGAGGAGCAGUUUUAGAAAGGUCCUGGAGUACAGCCCAGAGGAUGAAGCAAUUAUUGAAACAUUGCUGGACAUGGAAGAGGAAUACAGACUGAACAGCUCCGCCUUACACCAGCUGCACUAGAUAGGCUGGUAUAAGGUGUGAGCUACUUCAGUUUUAAGACUUGAUAAGCCUUCUGAACCAUGGA